GCAGCACACACGCUUCGUCGCCAUCGAUGACGUCAGCUGCCGUCUCGCGAUAUGGAGUCCAUCAGAAAAUGGUUUUACAGACCUAAGAGGGAUGACACGAGUUUGCUGGCUCAGUUCUUUUAUGCCGAUGAGUCGUUGAACGCGGUCGCCUGCGAGUUGGACUCCUUCGACGGUCGCCAGGAACCAGAGAGAUGCACGUCGCUGGUGAAUCAGUUGCGACAUUGUCAGGACAAGGUGUUGACGAUCUGCAAUCAAAUAAUGGACGACUUGAUCCCAGAGAGCAGAGCCAAUCGGGAUUUCCGGGUAAAGUUUCCUGACGAUGUUAUGCAGGAAAAUCUGGCCGGACAGCUGUGGUUCGGUGCGGAAUGUCUAGCUGCUGGUUCAUCAAUCAUGAACAGAGAAGCUGAAAGUUCAGCCAUGAGGCCGCUAGCGAAAGCUCUGACUAAAUCGCUGGAAAUCGUGAGGAACCUAUUGAGAGAACAUGCACUCAAGGGCCACAUGAACUUAAAAUAUCUUUUUCAGACGCAAAAUCCACUCGAGCCAUCUCUGGAGAAGCUUGUGGAGUCCUUGAAGAUUUUCGAUCGACUCUUCGCCGAUUUUGAGCUAUGCUAUGUCGGCGCCAUGGUGCCGGUGAAAUCGACGAAGGAAUACGAACAGCAGGAGCUUGUAUGUGUGUUGUUCUCGGAAACUUUACAACGAGCACUCGAACGUGGGCUGUUGGACCAAGCGGACGUGGAUAACUACGAGCCAGCUUUAAUGUUCACCAUUCCUCGUCUGGCCAUUGUCUCCGGACUCUUAGCACCGCCUGGAGGACCGUUGUGCCUCAAUUCGCCCGAUACUAUAAGCGAGAUGUUUCGACCGUUCAGGACCCUUCUCCUUAAGAUAAGAGAACUAUUGUGGACAUUAAACAAUCGCGAGCUGUACAUGUUGGAGAAAUUAUUGUGCUCGAACGAAGAGCCAUCAAGCUCGAUUACGCAGUCGACAAAAUGUCAGGAUAUACCUGACCUGGAGGAAUUUGUUCAUAAUUUUUAUACCGGUUAUCCGAACUGUAAAGAAUUUAUCGUGGAUUUUUACACUGUGACGAGAAACGCGGGCAACAACAUGGAUGAGGUGGCGAGCGAUGCGGUGCAGUCGCUGGACGAAGAAAGCGGUAAAAUGUCCGAUCGACCGGGGGCGAAGGAUCGUAGGGAAGAGAGGAGGGAUGCAGAAAGUAGGCACGAAGACUUAAACGUAUGCUUGAGAGAUGAUAUAACGUCGCAGAGCGACGAAGAGAAUUCGAAAUUCGACAGACAGUUUCCCUGCAAUUCGACGACAUGCGAAAACAACAGCUUCGACUCGAUGGUAGAUGGCAGCGACAGAUUGGACGUAGCGGGAAAUAGUGAUACCGUCCAAGACGCGAUGAGCAACGUGCGAGAUAGCGAGGAAAACUUCAUCAUCCCCAACAUAGCUCAGAUGUUGGAGGACGCCAACAACAUUCCGCAGACCACUCGGUAUCUGCUCAAUCAGGUCUCCCGCGAGAACACUUCCGUCAUGAGCGACAGCGCGACCGCGCACAUACAGAACUCUCUGCCCGACAUGGACUCCAAGAAGCUCAUCUCGGAAGCGAAUAAGACUCUUUCGAACUUCCUGUUGGACGUCGCUGGCGAGUGCCAGAACGAAAUCUCGGAGCAAACGGACUCCGGAAUAUGCACGGUAAUCUCGUCCGAGAACACGAGUUUGUACGACAAGAGCCCGGAGGAAAAGAAGACCUUCCAACCGGAUGACGAAGAGAGACGCGUGUCCGACGAGGAAGAGGACACGCAGGAGAAUACCAGUUACUCGUGCUCGAAUCUGAGCUCGCCCACUAAGAGAACGAAUUCCGGGGUUUCGGAGAAAUGCGUAUGCGGCACGAGAAGUAAGAGCGCGCCGUUGGAUCAUUCCAUUGAAGCGUUGCACGCCGAAGAGAUGACAACCGGCAAGAACAUUCCACGAAUAUCGUCGAACUUCGACGGCACUAACGAAGAAUUUAUCGGCAUGGCGUACGGUAACGGACACCUCGCGCUUUGCGACGCCAAUCAGUCCUCCACCUUUCAGAUCAAUUACUCCGAGAACUGGGAAAAUCUCAAUCUGAACAUCGACGCGUCGAGCUCCAGAAAAGAAUUCUGGGGCGAUCUCAAGUGCGAAAACUGCCCGUCCACUUCGCAGAAUAUCGACAGGAUAGGCGAUACGAUUGAGAAGUAUGCGCAGGAUAAGAGGAAAACGAGAGACGAGAGACAGCGACGGCGGCAUCAUCAGCAUAAGCUGGAUCGUGCCGCGCAGAGAAUUCAUCAUAGCAGACAUCAGGGGGAAAAGAAUCUGCGGUCAGCGACGAGUACCGAAAGUUCUAGGUCAAACUCGACGGAUCGUUGCUUGAACCCGUCUCGGUUGGCUGGGUUUGGCGCUAGCCUGCAUCUCGGCCAAAACACCAGGCAGAUGCCAAACUUCGGAAGUCACAGUCCGCAUAUGAGUCCUAGACUUCACCACUUCGAGUCACCGCGUAGCAACACGCCCGGACAACGCUGUUGUAACGUCGGAACGCAGGCGAACCGAAGCUCCGCGUCGCCGCGAAGCAAGAAGUUGCUGGACCACAGAAGAUCCAAGUCCGAGCAGAUCGUUAAAAUGAAGAGGAAGGACGAGAGAGUGAACGCACAUACAAAGAGGAAGUUGGGGAAUGCGAGUUCGAAUAAUAAUCUGAUGAUGAACGACGGGUUGGGCCCGAGGACGGAUAAAAGUGGCUUAGUGACGGAAACUUCCUCGACCGCACGUUCGAACGUUCGGCGUGAGUUUGCCGCGAGAGGCGAUCAUUCGCGGAGAUCGGUGAGACUGGUCAACGGUGUGCAGAAUUUCGAUCAAUCGCUCAACUUCAAUAAAACCACCGACGUGGUUUCGAGCUCCAGUUGCUCGAGCUGUUGCGGCGAUUCUAGUUCAGAAACUAGCGAGUUUCACAGCGAUUGUCAAGACGAUGAAGAGAUUGCGCUAGCGAUGCAGGCCGCCGAGAUCGCAAACAGGAAUCAGAUCCGUGCCAAGUUUCGGUCCUCGGAAGAUCUGGUUCACCGUCUCUUCGUCUGUAUAGCCGGUGUGGCGGAUCAGUUGCAAACGAAUUUUGCAUCCGAUCUGCGGAACAUCUUAAAAUGCGUUUUUCUUAUGAACAGUAGUCAAAUCAUUGAAGACGCGGAAUCGAAGGAUCGCGAGAAUUCAGCGGAUCAGUCUACGACGGAUAAUACGUUAAGCGAGGCGAUGGAAACGGGAGAUAAUCACGAUCGGCAACAAGAAUCGAUGCCAGAAUUCGAGGAAGAUAUGGAAGAAUCCAUUUUGACGCAUGACCGAAUUUCUCCCGUCACCGAAAGAGGAGAGGAGUGCGUGGAAAGAGCACCCGCUUGGGUGCCGGACAACGAUGCGCCGAGAUGUAUGGCCUGCCAAGCAGGAUUCACGGUGGUGCGACGCAGGCACCACUGCCGAAACUGUGGCAAAGUGUUCUGCGGCCGUUGUAGCAGCAACAAUGUACCGUUACCUCGUUAUGGACAUACGAAACCCGUCAGAGUGUGCAACAGAUGUUUCUUGUACCAAGUGACGCCGUUCACUGUUUCUCAAGUCACUCCCGCCAGCUGAACGUGCUUGCCGCUUUCUGCCUUUGACUUCCUAUUUGAUUUCACUUUUUUCUCAUGCAUUUUCUUACGGGUUGUCAGGAAAUCUUUUCCUUCGAUGGAUUUCUUCCAUUCUCCUUUUCAUAUUAUCUAAAUUUUUGCAAAAAGAAAAAGUUGCUUUUCUUUAUUCGUGGAUAAGGUGGCAAAUUUUUUGCGCAAUUAUCGUGAUAUCGUUAUCGAUAAUCGAGGAAAGAUAGAAAAAAAUUUUCUCUCCUCCUCCUCUUCUUUCUUUUAUUCAUCUUUGCAUUUGUUUAUUAGAUCGAAUCCAAAUUUCUGGACAACCUAGUAUAUCUCUCUGUUUCAUUAUAUUUACUUUCGAUGGACGUACUCGCGUGAAAAUCUGAUGGCCGUUUAAUAAAAUCACUGUUUUUAUCAUAGGAUUGACGCAUUAAAGUUCUCUUGGCGAAACAGAUGGAAUUGUGUAAUUAUGUAAUAUAUUCCUUCGAUAUUGAAGAAAAACGUAAUGAAAAAUCUCUUGGCUUCGUAAGUCAAGGCAUUAUUCGAUUAUUCAAAAAAAUUAAGCGAAUUAUCUCGAGUGAUUGCUCCUUUUCUCCAUUUUUUUUUUUUCCAUAGUAUAUAAUAUGUAUUGGAAAAUUUGAUGGCAUUCGGUUUCUUCAAUAUAUUAGUUUGUAAAAAAAAAGAAACCUUAAAGGCAUAUGUGUGCGAUAAUGAGAGGAAUCGAAGAGGAAUCGUUAGAUCAUUACUUCGCUCUCAUUGUUUGUACAUUCGCGUGCACUUAAAAUAUAAAAUUAUACAUAAAUAUCGGCGCUAAUCGCUCAUAUUUUUACACAUUGUAAUUAGAUUAUAGUUUGAGAAGGUGUUAGUCGAAUAUAUGUAACAAUGCGAUUUGUAUAGAUCUUACAAUUACUUACAAAUCGUUCGAAUUUUAUUUCAUAAAAGGAUCUUGUCUUCGUGUUUUAAUUAAACAAUUGUACAGAGGACAAUAAUUUGCAUAUCAAGAGUAUCUUUACGUUAUUACUAAUAUUCUUCCUCUACUUAUAUUAUUAGUGUGAAGAUUAAUUAUCAUUAUAAAUUUAGUUUUUAAAAUUGUUUGUCUUGGUGAACAAUUUGUUCUUCAAUUAGAGAAUUAUUAGAGUUUUUUGAAUUAUAAAUGCAGAAUAUCUUAUUGUAAAGCGAUUUAUCUUGGAGUUUAGUUGGAAGUAAUAAAACUUCUUUUCUUCCCGUGUUAUUCAUAAAAUAACUCUAUUCCUGAACAUAAGAUAAAAGUAAGAUUAAUGCAUCAUUGAGUUUUCGAUAUAUUUGUAGUAAUAACAAUGAUAUUUUUUUAUUUCAUUCAUUUCAUAUAAGCUCUUACGAUAUAUUACUGUUUAGAGUUGCCGAAGAGCGCUGAUCGCACAUAUAUAUUAAAAAGAGCAUCUUCGCUCCGAUAAAUAAAAUAAAAUCAAUAUUUUGCUCUCAUUAAUAUUUGAAUUAAUAUGGAGGAAUAUGAGAGUAGCAGUAAGCGACAUUACAUCAAUGUUGUUUUGUUGUGAAGAUUUUUUUCACUUAAAAAUAUCUAGAUUUCUCUUUAAUCUUAAUAAGAAAAAAUUUAUUCCACACACUUGCGUGUAGUCCGUAAGUUUGAGCCGAUUGUCGAUAGAUAUUUUUUCAUAAAAGGUACCGAUAAGGCUUCCGUAAAGAAGAGAAGCUGAAAAGUUUCGCAUCGCUCUUAAAUCUAUAGUAUGUAUCCACGCAUGAUAUAUGUGUCCACUAAUGUAAAUAUACACUUUCAAACGAAUGCGAUAAUGUGUAAAAAACGAAAGUUCAAUAAGCAAGCACACGAUCACGUCACGGCACUCACUAUCGCUCAUAAAUAUUCGCCUCGAACCUUCGUCUCGUCUUUAAGAAAUAUAAAAAUACGUAUAGAUAAAUCAAUAUUUAUGAGCGGUGGAGUAACUAUUGCCGCGCGAUAGUUUUUUUAAGCUACUACUGCCUGCUCUGGUAUUUCGAAACACACACACACACACAGGUGCGUUAGCACAUACAAUUAGCUCCUGUGCCAAAUUUAAUGACAAUAAGUUUCCUCCUUCUUACGACACACGAAUUUGGUUCCUAUCGUUGGGCAUACAUUGGAAGGUGUUUGUAAAAAUAAAAGAGCGCGCAGUAUUCACACGAUCAGUCGUCAUACAUGUUUUAUUAUCGUAGGAAAUAUCCUAAGUAAAUAAGCGUUAAGGUGUAUAUGCCGCUCGGUACAUUUUAACUAGAGAAAAAAGAAAGGAAAAAAAGACUGUUUCAAUGCACAGAUCGUUUAUUUGUUAUCAUUUCAAGCCGUAAUCGAUUUAAAAAAAAAUUCCGUAUAAUAGAUUUCCCUAUCUUCCUUUUUAACCACGUAUUGUUAAUUUAUUAACGUUACUAGUUUUAUACUUAUUAAUAUAGCUGCAUUGUAUUUUGGAUUUGGCGGCGUGUGAAUUUAUAGGUUCGCCGUGGUCAAUGCUGAUAAAAAGGCGAUGGUUAAUUGAAUUCCGAUGUGCAUCAAUCAAUAUACAUCAAGAUUCAAUUAACAUCAAUUAAUUCGAGCGACUUUAGACUUGUAUUUACAUCACUAUAGAUAAGUAGAUAACCGAUUUUCAUAUGGACGUUGUGUAAUGUAUGUAAUAAUGUUCCCUAAGAAACGACGAAUAGAUUGGAGAAUUUGUGGAAAUCGUUGUAUAUUAUAAUCGCGUGUGUAUUGUAAACUAUAAGUAAGAUUUUCCACUCUUUGGGGAAAAAGAAUGAGUUAAUAAUUUGCAAAAAAUAAAUUGUAAUGAAAACUGUUAUAUAGUGUCCGUGGAAGAGUAAAUAAGGCCGUUCGUAAUAGACAGAUAAAAUUAAUAUAAAAAAGAAAGAAACUUAUUUCCUUAAGGACAUCGCAACUUGAGUAGAGAGAAUUAAAACUCUUAAAGUAUAUAAACGCUUAGAAGGAGAGUUAUUUUUUACACGUAAUCGAUGCCUUGCUAGAAUAUCGUGCUUUCAAUUUGAGGAGGAAGGCAACUUUUCACUGGCUAAAAUCCGCAAAACUAGCACGAGAGACGAGCAUUUCAUCUCCCUAGUUCACACGCGUGCGUUAUCACUCAUGGUAAUCAGGAUUUCCCCUGUGCCUAAUGUUAGCAGGUUAGCCUGUGGAUAUAUUACAUACUGUACAUAAGCGAAAAAGAGGAAUGAGAGAGAGUGGGGAAGAGAACAAUAGUGGAAAAUUCGGAACAAUAAACAUAUAGUGGACCAAAGAUCAUUUGCGUUGCACAACACAAUUUUCUUUUCCUUCAUUUUUUUAAACAAACAGACUUUUUAAUUUCUUUUCUAAAUAAAAGAAAAAUAAUAAGUAA